AUGUUUACGCUUUCGUUUGCGAUUUUCACAUUGCACGCAUUCACCAACGCGCAAUUGUUGCCUAAAGAGGCCUAUGCUACAGUGCCUCAACUUAUUUCAUCAGCCGGUUACCCUGUGAACAAGUACAGGGUGACUACAGAGGAUGGUUACAUACUUCAGAUGUACAGGAUCCCAGCAGGAAGACGAACUGCUAGGAGAUCAGAUAAUGUGAAAGGGAAAAGACCUGUGCUACUGAUGCAUGGGCUGAUGGGCAGCUCGGAUAACUUUCUUAUUAUGGGCCCGAAUAAAAGUUUAGGCUAUAUGCUCGCCGAUGCAGGAUAUGAUGUAUGGCUGGGGAACAUGCGUGGCACUGUGCACUCCUCCCAUAAAAAUCUCACGAGGCGAGAUGCGAAAUUUUGGGAUUUUAGUUUUGACGAACACGGAAAAUACGAUUUGCCAGCGAUUAUAGACAAGGUUCUAAGCGUUACUAAGCUUGACAAUCUCUUCUACAUUGGCCACUCAAUGGGCACAACCAGUUUUUUCGUCAUGAUGUCCGAAAAACCAGAAUACAAUGAAAAGAUUGUUGCAUUCAUCGCCCUUUCACCAGCCGUAUAUGUUGGAACUAUUAAACCGAUCAUCCAAUUAUUAUUAAGGGACUUAAAUUUAACGAACAGAAUGCGAGCACAAGGCAUAUAUUCUUCGGAAAUUGUAAAAAAUCAGUGGCAGUCAAUAGCUACUACAUGUAUGGGACGGAAAAUUGAAGAAAAUAUGUGUGUGAGAUUCGUCGCUUUACUCGUAGGGGAGAACGACGCGGAGGUCGAUUUAAGUAUGUUGCCAGUUAUUAUUGCUAGAGUACAACCAGCUAGUUGGCAACAAUAUGAACACUAUGGAAAAAUAGUUGAAUCUGGUGUGUUUACCGCUUGGGAGAAUGGUUUUAACGGAACUAUCAGACCUUAUAACUUAUCAAAUGUUAAAGUACCGGUGGAAAUCAUUUAUGGAGAAAAUGAUCAACUAGUCCAUAAAACGCAAGUACUGAGGUUAGCUGAAGAGCUCAAAGCAAUUGGUGUAUUAGAAGAUGUAAGAUCUGCAUGUUCAUGUCCCAAAUGGAACCAUUUAGACUUUGUUGUUGCCAAGAAUGUAGGAAAAUUACUUAACAAACCUUUGGUGAAAGAUGUAAACCGAUUAUACAAUAAAUAUGGUUCCUAA